CGCCAAUGAUUGGUUCGUCCCUAUCCGAAUAAGACCGGCGUCCGUCAAACUGCAAUCUGCCCGCACGAACGAUGGCAUCCAAGUCCGAGGUCCUCCCGCUCGUGUCGCCCAAGCCGGAGGCGCCGGUGCACCACCACCUCCUCGGCCUCUCGCUCGUCGCGUGCUCGGCCUUCACCUUCAGCCUCAUGUCCUGCGCCAUCAAGUACGAGAGCUACGUCAUGUCGUCGAUGGAGACGGUCUUCUGGCGCUCGGGCUUUGCCUGGAUCCUCAUCCUCAUGGCGGUCAAGUGCCAGCGCGUGAGCUUGUACGUCGCGCCCGAGUACCGCUUCUUCCUCGCGAUCCGCUGCUUUGUCGGCUUCCUCUCCAUGUCGCUGGGCUUUUGGACCAUGUCCCAAAUGGUGCUGGCCGACGCCAGCGUCAUCAUCUUUACGAGCCCCGUCUGGUCCUUCUUCCUCGGCGCGCUCAUCCUGCACGAAACCAUUGACCCGGUCUCGUUUGGCUGCGCGCUUUGCUCGUUCAUCGGCGUCGUCUGCGUCUCUCGGCCGUCGUUCCUCUUUGGCGAGUCGGCCGAAGAGGAUGUCCAUGGCUCCAAGUUUGCGGUCGUCGGCGGCCUCUGCGCAGCAGCCAGCCAAGCGCUCGUCUACGUCGUCGUGCGGGGGCUCAAGGGCCUCCACUUCAUGGUCGUCAUCCAGUACUUCAUGCUUACGUGCACGAUCGGGUCGGGUCUCUGGAUGCUUCUUGUCGAGCAGCGCAUCAAUGUGACGCUGACGCCGGACGUGUGGGCGGCGGCCGUGGCCACGGGCGUCCUCGGCUUUGUGGGUCAGCUCUUCAUGACCAAGGGUUUCCAGCUCGAGAACGUCGGGAUUGCGUCCGUCAUGCGGUACCUCGACAUUGUCUUUGUCUUCAUCUGGGACAUUACGCUUCUGCGCGAAGCCAUCAACCUCUGGAGCGUCCUCGGCGCCGUCAUCAUUUGCUCGUGCGCGAUCGUGAUCGCCCUCCGCAAGGCGCACAAGCAGUAGAACUAACUUUGAAUCCAUGCAUAUUUGACGCCACCGA